UUCACGUCGGCCGCGCGGGACCGUUAAAUUUGAAACUUGGAGGGUUUGAGGUGGCUGUUUUGCCAAGGAAGCAGGUGCAAACUUUUGUCCCUCUGGUCGCUUCGUUACCUCGAAGGGCAAGUUGCAGAAGGAGGCCCAGGCGGUCUGCGACCCUGAAGAAAGGCCUGCGGCAGGACGAGGGCCUGAACCGGGAAUGCAGGAUGGCGGCGAUGAAGAAGGAAGGGGGUGCCCCGAGUGAAGCCAUGUCCUUGGAGGGAGAUGAGUGGGAGCUGAGUAAAGAAAAUGUCCAACCGUUAAGGCAGGGGCGGAUCAUGUCCACACUUCAGGGAGCAUUGGCGCAGCAAGAAUCUGCCUCUAAUGCUACUCUUCAGCAACAGAAACGGGCAUUUGAAUCUGAAAUUCGAUUUUACACUGGAAAUGACCCUCUGGAUGUUUGGGAUAGGUAUAUUAAUUGGACAGAGCAGAACUAUCCUCAAGGGGGGAAAGAGAGUAAUAUGUCAACAUUAUUAGAAAGAGCUGUUGAAGCACUACAAGGAGAAAAACGAUACUAUAAUGAUCCCCGAUUUCUUAGUCUUUGGCUUAAAUUGGGGCAUUUAUGCAGUGAGCCUUUGGAUACGUACAGUUAUUUACAUAGCCAAGGGAUUGGUGUUUCACUUGCUCAGUUCUAUAUCUCAUGGGCUGAAGAAUAUGAAGCUAGAGAAAACUUUAAGAAAGCAGAUAAGAUAUUUCAGGAAGGGAUUCAACAGAAGGCCAAACCACUGGAACGACUGCAGUCACAGCACCGACAAUUCCAAGCUCGGGUGUCUCGGCAAACUGUGUUGGCACUUGAGAAAGAAGAGGAGGAGGAAGUUUUUGGGUCUUCUGUACCACAACGAAGCACACUGGCUGAACUAAAAAGCAAAGGGAAAAAGACAGCAAGAGCUCCAAUCAGCCGUGUCGGAGGUGCUCUUAAGGCUCCAAACCAGAACAGAGGACUCCAAAAUCCAGUUCCUCAACAGAUGCAAAGUAAUUCCAGAAUUACUAUUUUUGAUGAAAAUGCUGAUGAGGCUUCUAGAGCAGAGUUGUCUAAGCCUACAGUUCAGCCAUGGAUAGCACCUCCUGUGUCCAGGGCCAAAGAGAACGAGCUGCAGCCAGGCCCUUGGAACACAGGCAGGCCUUUGGAAUAUAGGCCUCAUGGUGGUACAGCUUCUGUGACCACUAUACCCUCUCUGCUUCCCAGUUUUACUCCAUACGUUGAAGAAACUGCACAACAGCCAGUUAUGACACCAUGUAAAAUUGAACCUAGUAUAAACCACAUUCUAAGCACAAGGAAGCCUGGAAAGGAAGAAGGGGAUCCCCUGCGAAGAGUUCAAAGCCAUCAGCAAGAGUCUCAGGAGAAGAAAGAGAAGAUGAUGUAUUGUAAGGAAAAGAUUUAUGCCGGAGUGGGGGAGUUCUCCUUUGAAGAGAUCCGGGCUGAAGUUUUCCGGAAGAAAUUAAAAGAGCAAAGGGAAGCUGAGCUACUGACCAGUGCAGAGAAGAGAGCAGAAAUGCAGAAACAGAUUGAAGAGAUGGAGAAGAAGCUGAAAGAAAUUCAAACUACUCAGCGAGAAAGAAUGGGUGAUCAGCAAGAAGAGAAGAUGCCUACAAAGGAGACAGCUGAACUGCAAAUUGCUUCGGAGGCUCAGGAAAUACCAGGAAUGGCUCUAUCCAAUUCUGUUUGUCCAGGAAACUCUUGUGCCAGGGAGACUUCACUUGCAGAAAACUUUUGGCAAGAACCUCAUUCUAAAGGUCCCAGUAUACCUUUCUCCAUUUUUGAUGAGUUUCUUCUUACAGAAAAAAAAAAUACCAGUCAUCCUGCAGAUCCCCCACGGGUUUUAGCCCAACGAAGACCCUUUGCAAUUCUCAAGACUUCAGAAAGCAUCAACUCAAAUGAGGAUGUGUCUCCAGAUGUUUGUGAUGAAUUUACAGGAAUUGAGCCCUUGAGUGAGGAUGCUAUUAUCACAGGUUUCAGGAAUGUAACUAUAUGUCCUAACCCAGAAGACACUUGUGACUUCGCCAGAGCAGCUCGUUUUGUAUCCACUCCUUUUCAUGAGAUAGUGUCCUUAAAGGAUCUCCCUUCUGAUCCAGAAAGACUGCUGCAGGAGGAGGAUCUAGCUGUGAAGAUCUCUGCGGACCAGCAGACUGCUUGUGGCACCAUCUACAAUCCAACUCUCAGCGUCAAGAAGCUCAGCCCAAUUAUUGAAGACAGCCGCGAAGCCACACACUCCUCUGGGCUCUCGGGGUCUUCUGCCUCAGUUACAAGUUCCUCCUCCAUCAGAUGUCUUCAAAUUCCUGAGAAACUGGAGCUUACUAAUGAGACUGCAGACAACCCUACUCAGUCACCCUGGUGUCCACAGUAUCGCAGACAACUACUAAAAUCUCUAAUGGAGCUGAGGGCCUCUGCAGAGUUUUUUAUAGAAGAUAGACCAAUGCCUAAGUUGGAAAUAGAAAAGGAAAUUGAAUUGGGUAAUGAAGAUUAUUGCAUUAAACAAGAAUACCUAAUAUGUGAAGAUUACAGAUUAUUCUGGGUGACACCAAGAAACUCCGCAGAGUUAACCAUAAUAAAGGUAUCAGCUCAACCUGUCCCAUGGGACUUUUAUAUCAACCUCAAGUUAAAAGAACGUUUAAAUGAGGAGUAUGAUCAUUUAUGCAGCUGUUACCAGUACCAAGAUGGUUGUAUUAUUUGGCACCAGUAUAUAAACUGCUUCACCCUUCAGGAUCUUCUUGAACACAGUGAACUUAUUACCCAUGAAAUAAUAGUGUUGGUUAUUUAUAACCUUUUGACAAUAGUGGAGAAAUUGCACAGAGCAGAAAUAGUCCAUGGUGACUUGAGUCCGAGGAGUCUGAUUCUUAGAAACAGAAUCCACGAUCCCUAUGAUUAUAAUAAGAAUGAUCAAGCUUUGAAGAUAGUGGACUUUUCCUACAGUGUUGACCUCAGGGUGCAGCCUGAUGUUUUUAUCCUCAGCGGCUUUCGGACUGUACACAUCCUGGAAGGACAAAAGAUCCUGGCUAACUGUUCUUCUCCCUACCAGGUAGAUCUGUUUGGUAUAGCAGAUUUAGCACAUUUACUAUUGUUCAAGGAACACCUACAGGUCUUCUGGGAUGGGUCCCUCUGGAAACUUAGCCAAAAUAUUUCUGAGCUAAAAGAUGGUGAAUUGUGGAGUAAAUUCUUUGUACGGAUUCUGAAUGCCAGUGAUGAGUCCACAGUGUCUGUUCUGAGGGAACUUGGAGCAGCAAUGAGUGGGGUGUUUGACACCACUUUCCAAAAUCACCUGAACAAAGCUUUGUGGAAGGUAGGGAAGUUAAUCAGUCCCGGGGCUUUGCUCUUUCAGCAGGAUAGGCAACCAAAUCUCUCACAGAUUCCUGCCUAAAACCAGUGGUUGUAUUGUGGAACACUGGACCUGUGUAUGCUGUAAUUCAGUUUAGGACAUGUUUAGAUACACUACCAACACAUUGCUACUUUUGAGUAAAGGUAUAUUUCUAGGUUAACUGGCAUUUUCUGCAUAGCGCUGUAUCUAUUCUUGGCCUUGUCUAACUAAGAAAGAAGUGUUUUAUUCUUAAUGGACUCCAUAUGAAUGGGUACCUUAUUGUCAUUUAACACAUUUGUCUCUACUUUUCCCUGUACAUUUUUCUUUUGUAAUCUGUGACAUGUACCCUUAGGAUCACUAUGUGUGUUUUUUUUGAUCACUAUGUAUUUUUAAGUAAUAAAAUAGUAUUUGUUAAAUUUGUGCUUCUAACAUCUCAUCUACUUUUUGCCAACUAAGAUAAUAAAUGGCUUGAUUUCACAGACAGGAGCUGUUGUACCAUGGAAAUUUAUAUAUCCUAGACAUAGAACUGCCAUGAUAAAAUCAUAACAAGGCAGAAUAGCCGACCAUUCCUUUGGGUGUUCCUGACCUUCCACUAAGUGGUCUAGAUUUAAAAGUAGAUAAAAUGAUUUAAUACAAGGCCAAAUUUUCUUAAAUUUCAAGUGGCGAAGUUGUUUGUUCUGAUUCUAUUUUAAUAUUUUCAUUUUUUUAUCCACCAAACCCUUUCAUCUAUUUAUAUAAUCUCGUGGUGCUGCGGCUACUGGGUCUCUUGAUUAGGACUGUGGCUGUUAAAAAGGAAGAGAAAAGGUUUUGAAUGGGGUAUAGCAACCUUUCAGAAAUAGAACAAUCACCAUUCUACUACCUGCAGAAUGACUUGGUGGGGCAAGAGUUAAUAAAGGAAUGGAAGGAAGUUUUGUUGAUUGGAAGAUUUGAAGAGAGAGAGGCCAGGAUAAAAAGAUAACUUGGAAGCAUGUAAUAAUUUGGGAGAGACUAGAUCUAGAAGAAGUAUUAGAUCCCCAAACGGAAGCAUGGAUUAUACCUGGCUUUGGGCAGAGGGAGGAAAAUUGGAAGAAAGAGGCAAUGAAAAUCAUCUAUUUCAUAUCCAAAUAUCAAAAUUCUCAACUGUGCCUCCCUCCAUUGCUGGUGCCUGAUUUUUUUUUUCUUUACUCUAGUUGUCACUGUUACUGCUCUAAGAUUGCUGGAAAGCAGAAAAUUCUAAGUAUAUCUCAACUAAAAAUAUUUAAGCAUAUAUAGUUGAUGCACUGAAAUAUGACUUGAGUCUGAAAGAUAAUCAACUUAGAAGUUUUUGUUCUUAACCAAAACACAACUUUUCAAACAUUUUCACGUUUGCUUCUUGUACAACUGAUUAUGUAAAAUUAUAUAUCUGUAUCUUUGCUGUAAUUGAGCCCUUCUACCCCUCUGCUCUCCUCAUUUCUCAGUCCACCGUUUCGACACAUAAAACCCUUAGUCUGAGGAUGAACAGUAAAUUUAAAUUCUUUCUUAACAUAGGCUUAACUAUCAAUUAGUGACUUCUUCAAGAACCUUGGCAGCAAGGCUGAAAAACCAGAGCUUUGUCUCUGAAAGUCAGCUCUGAGGAGAGGGAAGAGAAUCUGGGGAAGUCCCUUUAUUAGAGAACUUGCAACUGUUUUGCCACCUCUCCCUCCAUUCCCCAUCUCCUCCAACCCUGACCCUUCUCUGUAGAGGGAAGAAAACAGUUAGGACCUGUGACAUCUUAGUUUCCUCUUUGCCUAGGCAUAAAACCACAAAGUGGGCGUGCUUCCAUUUCCCUUGUAUUUUAUGCUUGUUUGUCUUGGAAGAAGGAAGCCUCUGUUUUUUGGCAGAAGCUUCAAAUGAGUCUUAUUUCUUGUCU